GAGCAGGCUUCUUUGCACCUUGGCUUCACUACUAUACUAGCCCCACCCCCUUGUUUGCACACUAACAGGGAAUUCCCCCAGCUCCAUGUGGGCCCCAGUGUAGCAAGAGUUUCUUCACCUUCAAGGCACAGCACAGCCAACAGAGAGUAAUAUUCAGGCAGCUAUGCAUCCAAGAAAUCGUUACAACACGAAACCAGAUUUUGGAGAGCUUGCUGAAUUCCGUCCCUCCCUUAAACCCUACCUAAUCCACAAGUCCAAGUCCACUCACACGGCUGAUGACCCCGCCCCCUCGUUAAAGGGAAUUCCCCCAGGGAAAUCCCCCACUGAGAAGAGAUUCCCAUACACGCUUGAUUUCAGUGACCCAGCGUCCCUCCGAGAGCUGACAUGUGCCGUCCUGGCCAGGGACUUCAGUCUGGAUGUGGAUAUUCCACUUGACAAAUUAAUACCAGCUGUUCCUCAGCGGCUUAACUAUAUUCAUUGGGUGGAGGAUCUGUUGGGACUGUGUGGGGGCGUGGAGACAAGUGGUGUGGGCGUGAAGAUGAGCUGUGAGAGUGUGGAGACAAGUGGUGUGGGCGUGGAGAUGAGCUGUGAGAGUGUGGAGACAAAUGGUGUGGGCGUGGAGAUGAGCUGUGAGAGUGUGGAGACAAUUGGUGUGGGCGUGGAGAUGAGCUGUGAGGGUGUGGAGACGUCCUCCACUACUGAUGUGAUUGGAAUUGACAUUGGGACAGGUGCCUCGUGUAUCUACCCCCUCCUGGGUACGAGGCUGAAUGGGUGGAGCUUCCUGGCUACUGAUAUUGAUCAAGACUCAGUGGCUAUAGCUACAGAGAAUGUGGCUAGAAAUGGGCUCACACAUAAAGUCAAAGUGGUGGCGGUGACCCCUGAGGUUGUGCUAAUGGAGGCAAUGGACCCAGCUGUGUCUCAGUACACCUUCUGUAUGUGCAACCCUCCCUUCUUCAAGGACACAGAGGAGCGUUUAGUGGGUGUGGCCACUCAUAGUGGGCGUAGACCCCCUGCAGAGACGUUCAGCCGUGCUUCUCCAGGGGAGGCCAUCACACAGGGAGGUGAGGUGGCAUUCACUCGGAGGAUCAUACAAGACAGUCUGCAACUCAAAAACAGGGUAAGGUGGUAUACAACCAUGUUGGGGAAGAAGAGCAGCUUGAAACCAUUACUGGCACAACUCAAACAGAACAGCGUUCCCGUGGUAACCAGCACAGAGUUCGUACAGGGUAGGACAUGGCGGUGGGGACUGGGCUGGUCCUUUGAUUCAUCACUCAAGGAAAAGGUGGCUGCCCUCAACACUAGCAACAGAAAGAGAAGGGAGAAGCCAUUGUGUUUACGACAACCUCUCUAUGGGUUGUUCACAUCCAAAUCUCGUGGAGAGAGAACACAGCUGAUCAGGGAGUGGCUAGUGAAGCAAAUGAAAGAGCUGGCAAUGAAGGUUACCGAGGAGGCAGGGUUAGACUCGACUGUACGACUGCGUUGUCAUGGUAUCAAGAACACUUGGUCUCAUCAACGGAAAAGAAGGAGACUAAUUGAGUGUCUGGACAGACAGAGGAAGGAAGACAAAGAAGCUGUGAUAAUUUCUUCUGCUGAUGGUGGCACAAAUGAGGAGGCUCCUAUAAUCAAUGAAAAUAUUCGAGACUCCGAACAUAAAGCUCUGUAUGAAUUGGAAGCUCUGUCUACUCCAUGUCAUGUGCGAUUCAUCUGCUCUCUCGUUUCCGGCCAUGAAAUGGAACACUCCCCAAAGAAGAAGAGAAAACUGAGCCCAAAUAAAGCCCAUAAGAUUGUCCCUGGUGGGAAGGCUGCUUCGUUUGACGUUGAGGACAAAGGACUGUGUGUCGAGCUGGAGUGGGUGGAGGGAGAGAACAAAGACACGCUGCAUCAGAUAUUACAAUACUUGAACAAUAAACUUAGCCAACAACAUUUUUAGACAAUCUUUUGUGGAUUAAUGGUAAGCAUGCAAUUUCAUCGUGUGUAAUGAAUUUGUGGGUAUAAUUAUUUUGUACACAAAAUUAAUAGUGAACUGUAAA